CAAAACCCUAAAACUCCAUUCAGCUCCCUCCACAAAUCACUAUCUUCGCACCGCCGUUUUCCCGCAGCUCAGAGCACUGAGGUUCGAAGAUGAGUCGCGGGGCAGCAGCCGGACCCAAGGGAAAGAAGAAGGGUGUGUCCUUCGUCAUUGACUGCACGAAGCCGGUGGAGGAUAAGAUUAUGGAUAUCGCCUCACUGGAGAAGUUCCUCCAAGAGAAAAUCAAGGUCGGCGGCAAGGCCGGUGCCCUUGGUGACACUAUUGCCGUCACCCGCGAAAAGAGCAAGAUCACCGUCACCUCCGACAGCGACUUUUCCAAACGGUAUCUUAAGUACUUGACCAAGAAGUACUUGAAGAAGCAUAAUGUGCGUGAUUGGCUUCGGGUUAUUGCGUCCAACAAGGACCGUAGUGUUUAUGAAUUGCGCUACUUCAACAUUGCUGAGAAUGAGGGGGAGGAGGAAGACUGAAGAUGCAAUUCAGUAUUUUCUUAAACUACCUAGUUUCUUGUUUCUUAGCUCCAAGAAUGUGUUUUAUAUUUUUUGAGAUGUUAAAUCCAUGAACUUGUUCAGGUUGUUCUUUCAAUUUUGUUUGCUAAUGGUUAGAUUUCUGUUUAAUGUGGUUCAAGCUAUUAUAAAGAUGCAAAUUUAUG